AUGGCCGCCAUGGACCAGGCGCGCACGGGUGCGACUGCGGCAUUGGAACGCCAUGUGGAGCGGGCCAAGGCUGCUGCAACUGACGCAGUAGAGCAUGCCCGAGGUUCUGUGGUCAGUCUUUCUACCGUUGGACCAGUGCCCUGUGCUGUGUGUGGCCAGUCCACAAAAAGUGGAGAUGGUGGUGCAUGUGGAGAUGUAGGUGAUAUGGCUGUGAAGGACCCCAAGGACGACCGCAAGCGAUGUUAUAGUUGCCUCUCCGCUGCUGAACGAGACCAGGUGGUGGUCACUGUGAAGGAGGAGCACCUCACCCUUGACAGUUUUUUUGCAGGCGAACCACCUCCGGUGCAUGUGGACCCUGAAGAGACUGUGUUAGAAAAGGCACAUCGCUUGGGGUCUUUAGCGCUGGGUGGUGCCGUGGACCUCAUGGGUUGGAUUCCAGUGGUGGGAUCUGUCACCAAAGGCACCAUCAAGGUCUUGCACAAGGUGGUGAAGUUCGGACCUUUAGCGCUGUACAGUGCUGAACUAGUAGAAACAUUGCAGCUGCUGGUGGUGAUGGCCAAUCGGACUGGAGUGGCCAAGGCAGCGGAGGAGGAAAUCCAGGAAGGCACGAAGGCAUCUUCCGGCCGAGCACUCGAGGUGUCUGAAAUGUCCGUUGGCUUCUACUAUCUUUUGCUUGAGCAUCGAAACCGCGCGGCCUUGGACCCGGACGGUGUGCUACGAGAGCAUGGUCAAUGUCCGAAAGUGGAGGCCUCCGUCUUGGACGAGUUGGUGGACUGUUUGCCCUUAGCCACUCCUGUGGCCUAUGCUGCUAGCGCGGCUGAAGCGCAGAGGCAGUUGCGUUUGCUUGGGAACUGGGAGCUGGUCCUCAGAGAGCCUCAGGGGCCUGGCGGACAGCCAGCUUUCGUAGUCGCAGCGGAUCGACGAGCCAAGCGUGUAGCAGUACUGGUGCCUGGGACCCAAAGUCCUGGGGACUGCGUCACGGACCUCAAGGCCUUGCCCGUCCGCGUGGUGGCAGAUGGCAGUUCUGUUGGCUGGGUGCAUCGUGGCAUGAUGCGCCAGGCAUGUGCGAUUGUGCGCAUUGUGGGGAGUGCGCUGGAGAGGUUCGAGAAGGAUGGCUACGAGGUGCUUUUCAUUGGCCACUCCUUGGGCGCAGGAGUUUCUGCAAUUGCCGGGGCCAUUUGCCGCUUGGGAAUUGAAGGUGUGAAGUUGAAGAAGGUCAGAAGCCUUUGCUAUGCUACGCCAGCGGUUGGAAAUGGUAGCUUUGGGAAGUUUUGCGAGGGCCACGCUGUGACGGUCAUCAAUUGCGAGGACAUUGUACCCCGGCUCAGCAUCGAGACCGCGAGGAAGCUGCGGGAAGAGCUUUCGUCCCGCCGUGAGGCCGUGCGGCUCUUUGUAGCUGAGGAUAUUGAAGCUUUGAAGGAUAUCAACAACAUAACGGAGAAGAAGACGCGAAGCAAGAGUGCUAGCUUGACAGCAGCGGAGGUGCAGCAGGGAGAGGAGGCCGCCAAGGAGCUGGCGGAAUUGGGCAUCCCAGCACCACAGCCAGGUUGCACCAUACAUCCGUGGGUUCCACACCGUUCGAGCGCCAUGGUGGCAUCAAGCCCUGCGACCUCAGCAUCAGAGCUUACUUCGCCGGCCGCGAAGUAUGAGCGCUUGGAGUCGAACAUUGGAGAAGGAACCUAUGGAAAGGUGCACAAGGCAUUUCACAUCAAGACCGGACAGAUCGUGGCGAUUAAAAAGGCCAAGGAAUCUGCUGCGGACCGCGAUGUUGGCGGCAUUGGAUUUACAGCCUUGAGGGAGGUCAAGGUGAUGAAUGCCAUCAGACAUCCCAAUGUGAUGACUUGCCUUGAUGUCUUUGUGGAGGGUGGCGCUCUACACCUGGUCAUGGAAUUCAUGGAUGGCGAUCUCAAGAAGGUCAUCGAGGACAAGUCAGUGUUCCUGACGGAGUCACACUGCAAAUGCCUGGCGCAUCAGGUGCUUCAAGGUUUGCAAGCGUUACAUGAACGCUUCUUUGUGCAUCGAGAUGUGACACCAAACAAUGUGCUUUUGAGCUAUCACGAUGGCACUGCGAAGCUCAGUGACUUCGGCUUCGCACGGUCCAUCGGCGAGCGCCCGAUGACGGGGAUGUGCACGACGCUGUGGUACCGAGCACCGGAGCUGCUGUUCGGUGCCAAGUUCUAUGGACAAAGCGUGGACCUUUGGAGCUUGGGCUGCGUGGUGGCAGAGACGAUGCUGCGGAAGCCGCUCUUCCCGGGUCGCGGCGAAUUCGACAUGCUUCAGAAGGUGAUUGAACGCCGUGGCACUCCAUCAGAGGAGGUUUGGAAAGACGUCUCAGCACUGCCAAACUUCCUGGAAUUCACACCGCACCCAAAAGUCUCCCUCUCGGAGCUCCCAGAGCUCCGAGCCUUCUCGGAGGCCUCGCAGCGGUUCCUUGACGCCUUACUGACUUUGGACCCCAAGCAGCGGCCCAAAGCAGCCGAGGCUUUGGAGCAUGAGCUCUUCAAGACUGCACCAUUAGCAUGCUUGCCACAAGAGCUGCCGUUCCUUAAGAGAGGCGCCUGA